AUGAACAUAGGAACAGUUGCGCUGGAGGCGGCGCGAGCGGAGCUGGCCGCGCGGUUCCGUCUUGUGACAAUAACGAGUCUUCUCGUAUUGGCACUCCGAAGCAGCUGCCACUGCCCGCCUGCUGACGUGUACACCCAAUCUCUCUCGCUGCCACGCGACUUAACCCUUCCCCUCUCUUUCCACCUCCCUCUCCUUUUCUCCGCUCUCUCCUUUUCCACCCCUCUCUUUCCACCUCCCUCUCCUUUUCUCCGCUCUCUCCUUUUCCACCCCUCUCUUUCCACCUCCCUCUCCUUUUCUCCGCUCUCUCCUUUUCCACCCCUCUCUAUCUCAACCUCCUCUCCUGUUCACUCCUCACUGCUCUUCACACACACCCCUCGUCCAUACCACCAUCAGGAUCACAUCAAUGCAACCCUAUCAGCCCAGGUACCUUCUUUUGAGUCUACUCCCUCUCCUUUUCGCUCCCCUCUCCCAUUCACCCCUUAUCCCCACCACCAUCAGGAUCACAUCAAUGCAACCCUAUCAGCCCAG